CACGCCCUUGCCGUGACGACGGGUCUGCGGCCAAAACGCUGGGAAUCGUCGUGCGUAAAUUCUCCACGCAGACACUUAUCCACGUCACAGCAUUACGUUGGCCGAGGCCAGUGCUAGGCGGGAGGAACGAGAUAGAGAGAGAGAGAGAGAGAGAGAGAGAGAGCGAAAGAAAUACGCAAAAAAAAGAAAAUUUUUUCCUCUGUUGACUGUCCUCUUGGAAUCGUCUCAAAUGACAAUGUUCACGGCCAUUCUGGACUACGAAGAUCCAUACGUUCAGCCUCUGAUCGCUGAGGCGUUUCAGAAACAGAUUCCGCAAGAUGCUUGCCAGGUGAUCCAGCCUUCUGCGGAGCAUGGCGAGACGCGCAGCAACAACAACAACAACAACAGGCACGACGGCGAACGCAAGGUCGUGCAGAUCCGCGCGUACGAAGCCAUCGAAUUCGAAGAGGCCCUCGCCCACCCUGACCGGAUCCUGAUCAACGCGUACAUCAUCCGCAAGGCCCUGAUCCGCAAGCACUAUCUCUCCAACACGGUCCACGCGUGGAUAACCAAACACCCGGACAGCGUGCUCGCGAGGCACUUCAAGCCCUCGGUCGCCUUCGAGGUCGACUACGCCGAGUUCCUGGACGAGGCGCUGCUGGAAGCGUACGAGCUUCGAGAGAGCUUCGAGAGGAACGCGCGGCUGCAGCCGGCCGAGCGUGAGUGGUGGAUCCUCAAGCCGAGCAUGACGGACCGCGGCCAGGGCAUCAGACUGUUCAGCACGGAGGACGAGCUCGCGGCCAUAUUCGAGCAGUGGGACCCGCCGGAUUCGGAAGACGAGGACGACGACGCGGACGACGAAGGCUCACACGACGGCAUCACCACUUCGCAGCUGCGCGACUUCGUCGCCCAGCCGUACAUUCACCCGCCGCUGCUGCUCUCCUCCUUUGGCGGCCGCAAGUUCCACAUCCGAACCUACGUGCUUGCCGUGGGUGCCCUGAGCGUCUACGUUUACAAGCCCAUGUUGGCCUUGUUCGCUUCGCAGCCGUACGCCGCGCCCUGGGAAGAGGACGACCUGAAGGCCCAUCUGACCAACACGUGUCUGCAACACACCGGAGACCGGGACGGCGCCGUGCAUGCGUUUUGGGAUCUCGAAGAUGAGCCGUCCUGCGCCACCUCCGAUCCGGACCGCGCCUGGAAGGACGCCGUUUUCGAGCAGAUCUGCGCCGUCACGGCCGACGUCUUUCUGGCCGCGGCCAAAAACAACGCGGUGCACUUUCAGCCGCUGCCGAACGCGUUUGAACUGUUCGGACUGGAUUUCCUCGUCGAUUCCCAGCGCACCGUUUUUCUGCUGGAAGUGAACGCCUUUCCGGACUUCAAGCAGACGGGCGACGCCUUGCGCAGCCUGGUGGCCGGCCUGUUCGAGGAAGUCGUCGACGUGGCCAUCAAGCCCUUCUUCGGUCUCGAAGGCGGCAAGCCAGACGGCUCGGAGAGAUUGAGACAGGUCCUCGAUCUGGACAUGGGCAAGCGAUAAGGAAGUACGCCGUGCCGAACAUGAUUCCUACUACCCUGCCCUUGGAAGCAGCCCAGAGCGCACACGUCGUCGUUCAACGACGAUCGAGCAUGACACGGAUCUUCAAAUGAGAAUCUGAUGCGCGGACAGAACGUGCGCUCGUCUCGGUCCCACGCUGCGAGUCUCGUGCCGAGAUGGUGACGAAGCGCUUCAAUGCUCAGGAAGAGCUUGACGGACGCAGGGUGAGUAGCCACGAACAAGAACGCAUUCUUUUCAGUCUUUUCGCGCCGCGUCCUGUGUUGCAAGCCUCGUCGACGGCGAAAAAACGAACAGAGGGCUGCCACCCAAGCAAUGUUUCGUCACUAUCGCUGGCCAGAUUUUUUUUUUAUUCGCGUCCGCGCCCAACUGCCGCACACAUGUACGACGGCGGGAUCAAGGAAAUGCCCAUCCCACAGUAUUCUUCAGUCGCCUUCCAUGCAUCCGAGCGCCUGCGCUGAUCCCAC